GUUUGGGUUUAAAUAUAACUCGGCAAGAUUUAGAAGAUGAAUGUGACUAUUUCCAAAUUCCACAAAAUGCGAUUAAAAUCGCACCAUUCGUGGCAUCAUUACAACGAAUAUCAUCACCACUUACUAAAUUAAUUUCUGACAGACUUGACAAUUUUGUUAAAACCCUGGAAACAAUAGUGAUGAAUAUUGCCAAUGCAAUGUUGAAACAUAAUUUUAGAAAUUUCAGAUCUACAGUAACGAUCACAUUUGCUCAAGAAAGUUAUAUAGGUGGUAUGACAUCAGUAAUCAUCAAACCAAAAAACGAUUCAUUAACUAAAUCAACGUGGAAAGCAAUGUCACAUCAUGGAGUAAUCGGAUACUUUUUUUUGGACCAAUUUGGAGAAAAUAUUGGAAAUUAUUUGACUAAUUUGAUGCCUGAAGUUAAUUGGGAAUUGAAUCAUAAGAUUUAUGGUGUUAGAGAAAGAUUUUAUGAUAUUACGCUGAUCAUCGAUUAUACAUUUAACAGGGAAAAAAUAUUUUCGGAUUCUUGUUUGGCUAACAGCAAUUCAACUAAUUCAAUUGAAUCAUAUCAUGAUAAAUAG